GUGCCUCCCCCGCCGAAGCCUAUGUGUGUGCUCGGGCUUGGCCCUAUCCAUUCUCUGGGAAACCUCGCCCGUAAGCAGCAUCAGCUACCUUUUCCUAAUCUCCCACCCAGACUGCAAAGCAGACCACGUUCUUCCCUGCGCCGCAAUGGAAUGGACUUGUGUCUGUUGAUCCGGGACGCCAACUGCCGACGUGGUAACUACCACUGUCUUUUGAGUACUGUGUGACCGAGACGUCGUGGUGAUAUAUGCCUGUAAGCGAGUGGUGUCCGUCAGCAUCCCAUCGACUCACACCUUCCAUCACGCAACAACCAACGCUCUCGCAUCCAGACCCUCGCAUCAGGAGUUCACCCAUGGGUGGUUAUGGUUGCAGACAUUCAGCCCUGUUGUUCAGCCGCCGUUCCCUCUUCUUCCGUACGGAGGAAGACGAUGACACCACGAUAGGGAUUCAUCACCAACAAGUCAAGCCAACAACACCACCACCAUCACAACGAAGUGCCCUCACCGAACCUCCAACGUCAACGCCCUCACCUCAAAAGUCUCAAUCGCUCAAACUCGGCAUCCGAGAAGCUCGCUUUGCCCCCAGUCCAUCCACCACACGAACAAAGCCACACAGUUUUCGCAACCCGAAGCGAAUAAAAAAAAAGCAACAGCGGAACGAGCCUACCUCCCCAGGCCGAAGGGGGGUGGGUGAUGGGGGUUAGAUGUAACAGACAAGAAAGUGAUUCAUCACAUCUCCCAUGUUUUGCCCUUAGGGGGGAAGAGAGGGCAAGCACCGACAACACUGUGAUGAUAGAUAGGUACACAGGCCAAAAUGCACGUCACAUGGGGAAUAGAUGAGAACUUGUCGAAUACCUAUCUACUCGGAGCUCCCCAGCUGUGUAGGUCUAUCAUCGGCUCUGACAAGCCAGGUCAAACUGUUUGACCCCUCUAUCACUCGAUAGCAGCAAUUUUGGACCUCC